AAUAUAUAAACAUUAUAUGCAGCUCAAUAUCAAAAAAACAAACAACCCAAUCAAAAAAUGGGCAGAAGGAGAGAAAAAGAUGGCGGCGAAGUAGAGAGACGUGGAGUGCAUCCCUCUCCACAGAUGCAUUGGGAAUGCACGGAAGGACGCAGUCAUUCCCACAGAGAACCAGCUGAACACCAGCAGACGGCCUCGGACACCAGAAAGGGCUGCGGGGAGCCCGACAUAGCCGAUAUGCAGUAUGAUGAUGAGGAGGAUGAAAUCCCCCAGAUUUGUUGGCAAGAGGCAUGCUGGAUUGUAAUCAGGAACCAUGAGACACUGUGCCAUCCGCAGCAGGAGCAGCAGCAGCGCCCAAGUGUUCACCACGUAGAACGUCAUGUGCAAGACUUGUGUCGAAGUGGAUAACGCACCUUAUCCAGGAAUAAGGUAAGUGAUACUUCAUAUAAAAUUAAUAAUGUAUUAGUUUUCCUGCUGUUUUAUAACUUUGCUUUCAAAGAGUUACAUUGCCAUACAGUAUGCCCCUCUCUCCGCUCUAAUUGGAAAAACUGUGUAUCAGCCCGUCAUCAUAGGUAAGUGUAUUUUUUAAAAGGUAACAGUGUUUCCAACUCUGUAUUAUGAAUAUGGCUAUAAUACUGUAUGCCAUAAAAAUUUGAUAAGGAUCCAUUCACUGUGUAUGAGCUAGGCUACUGUGAAGCAAUUGUAUCAGUUACACUAAGUGUACCAUAAAGGAAUCAUGUUGCUGCUGCUUCGUUAUCAACGCAUGAAUCGUUAUAUCUCUGCAUAAAUGUGAGUUUCUUUUUUUCACGUUAUCUUUUAUUUGUGAUAUCUAGAGUUAGUAAUUCAUGUAGUAUCUGCAGUGUUUUGUAUCAUAGACAACAAUGUGGAUGUAGGGACUGACAGAUAAUCUCGUAAACAGAUGACAUUAACUUGUGGUAUCGAUACAGUCUCUAGUUUAUUAUGAGUACAAUAGUAUAUUGUGUAUAUAGUAUACAUGUAUUUUGUGUAAUGGUACUGUUAUUAUCAUAUAAUAGUACUAUUGUAUGAUAAUAUAUAUGUAGUAUAUAAUAUUGAUACAGGUAACAUAAAAUAUGUUAAUUGACUUUAUAUUAUCGAUAAGACUUCUGGUCAGCAAUAGGCUAUUGGUAGUUGAGUUUUGAGGGAGUCAAAAAUUUAUACGUGGGUUUUUGACUGCACUGGUGUUGGCACCCAUAACCCCCAUGUCGUUCAAGGGCCACCUAUACAAGCAUUCUCGAAGAGAUAGCCUGGAUCAAAGGCAGUCAUUGUUCCUGCUUACAACAUAUGCAAAACCAUGAGAGAUCCAUGGAGAAUUGUCUCCUAACAUUUAGUAGGCAUUUGUAACAGGUAAUAUGCAUAAAUUGAAAGAAAAAUAUUUUACUUUAAACAAUUGCAGUCACUUGGUGAUGGAAUAUGUACACCUAUGGGGCACUGCACAACUCCUCAAAUCUUGGAAUUAGAUUGGACAGCACUACCCAUUCCCUGUUCCACAUUGAUUUUCUUAGAGGGCUUGCUUUUUAUCACGGCAACCACCAAAAACCUAGGUUCAGAAAUAUCUCGUCAUCAAAAGGAAAGCAGUGCUAUCUGAUGUUGAAACUGUGAACUACCUCAAGCUAGUAGUUAUGUGGUGUAUAUCGGAUGUUGAGGACACUGUGUUUUCCUCAAAAAUUUGACACAACCUAUGGUGCUCCCGUGAGUUCACUGAGGCUCUUUGGGACAACUUGGGAACUGCAGCCCUAAGCAGUGGUGGAAGAAGCAUUGAUUCUGAAUGACCUCACAGAGUAGCUCUGUCUUGGUAACCUAGACUAAAUGUUAUAUCAGAGAGAAAUAACCUUCUGUCCUCUUUCAGUCAGAUUUGUGGAUGUUUUUGUUACAGUGACAUAGUCUUUAUCCUAACUAGUACAAUCUCCUAAUACAUUUGGCUGUGUCUCAUAAUGUAGUAUUUGAUGACAUGUUCUUACAUUGUGAAAAACUGUAUUCACUAUGUGGUUGUUUUUUUUUUUUUUUUGUCUUUCCAACUUCAGUCAUCACCUCAGUUGACAUUUAUUGAGCCCCUGCUAUGCCCUGGCAGUGGGCUAAGUAAGCAUUCUUUCACAUCUAAGUCCACUUCUAUGUUCCUCAGUCCCCUCAGCUGCAGGCCAGCUGCUCUUGACCACUUAGCCACGUCUAAGCAAGUCCUCUCCCCAUUUAGCAAAUAGGGUCUGGAAGCUGCAUUGAUGCUUUACUCCCAGGAGUAGCUGGUGUGCCUUUGCAGCUGGCUGGGCUUGGACCUGGAACUCAAUGAGAAGAACUUGGGUGAUCUGAACUGAAACACAUGGAUCAGUCCUAUUCGGCCAGUCUGGUUAGGACUAAGAACCUUCAGGUAGAAAGCCAAUCUGACACAUUCAACAAGACACAGUGUCCAGAAAGCACACAGGCAACAAGACAGAAGGUACUUGUUUUCACUGCCUAGUGUUGAGCUGACCUGAACUGCUGCUGGGGUAGUGUGCACUGUGUGUGUCUGUGAAAAAAGGAAGCAGGAAGGAGAACAGACUGGCCUGUAAGUGAUUGAAGGAAGACAAUGAUGGCUGGACUGGCCUUGGGUAGUGUUGGGAGAAGCAGAUCCUAUGUCCACUCACUAUUUUGCAACCUGGGACACAUACACACACACACACACACACACACACGCUGAGCUAGGAAUGGGCCCUGAUGCCCUCCAGUACUGCAGCAUGGAGAGAAGAGAAUGCUGAAAGAGUUUCAGUCUUCCCACACCCAAAAUGAGUGACAUUUUAAUGUACAUUAAUCACUAGUAAUUAAUCACUAGUGAACUUGACCCAGAAAGAGUCCUAGAAUUUCAGAAAUCCUUGCCAACUUUUCUUCUUGAGGGAAGCAUAGGGAAGAGGGCAAAGAUGAUGGAGGGGACGCUUUGCCUCUCAAAGUGUAUUCUGCGUAAUACUCAUGGACUAUUAUAGCAGGAAGAGUU